AUGUCAGGAGGAUUAGACUCAGACACAAGUCGACCCAUAAGAUGGUGGUGGCUGCUGUUUACAGCUCUUACAAACUCUGUCAUUUGCAACAAAGACGCCCAGUUUAAGCUGACGGUGGGCCUUCAGGCACCUCGGAACAUUUCUUACCCUUUCAGUUUGCUCAGGCUGGGGUCAGCGAUGCAAAUAGCCAUGGACAAGAUCAACUCAAAUCCAGCUCUCAGUGGAAACUUCACCUUUGACUUCGUCUACAUGGACACAGACUGUAACGCCAAAACCUCACUGCGGGGUUUCAUCGAGCAAGUAAUGGAGCAAAACGUGUCCGCGCUAUUUGGUCCCCCCUGUCCUGAGGAGGCAGAAGUCACUGGGCUCAUUGCAUCUACUUGGAACAUUCCCAUGUUUGGAUUUGUUGGUCAGACACCAAAAAUGGAUAACAUUCUGGUGUACGACACCUAUAUAAAAAUUGUACCUCCCCUUAAAAGGGUAGGAGAGAUCCUUCUUAAAACCUUGGAAUUCUUCGGAUGGAAGCAUGUUGGCAUGAUAGGAGGCGGAGCGGAUGCAAACACAUGGGACAGUGUUGAGGCCCUUUGGAAGUCUGUGGAACAGCAACUUCGAAGCAAAGUAACAGUGACCAUGGGCAUCAAGUUCGACACCAGUGACCUGGAACAGGCAAAGAGGAACUUGCAAAUCCUCUCUAAGGUUGCGAGAGUUGUGGUUGUGCUUGCUAAUGCUGAGGACUCCACAGCUCUGAUGAUUGAAGCUCAGAAACUGGGCCUGAUGAGUGGAGAGUAUGUUUUCCUACUGGUUCAGCAGUUUGAGGUCAGUGGCAAAGUGGACAACAUGUGGAAGUCUUCUGUGAGCGAAACUAAUAGAACAAUGCUAAAGGCUUUUGACAUGGUGUUUGUACUAGCUCAGAAGUCCUAUGAUGGAUAUGACUACUAUGACUUCUUCGAUCAGGCUUAUGAUAAACUGAAAGGUGCUCCUUUUUACAGCAAUCUGUCAUCAGUAAAAGAGGUAAGCUCAUAUGCUGCCUAUUUACAUGACGCUGUCUUACUUUAUGCCAUGGGGCUCAAAGAAGCAUUUAAAAGUGGCAAAGACAUCCGUCAUGGACGAGAAAUUCUCCAAAAACUCAGAGACAGGACAAGCAUUAGAUUUUAUGGAGCUUCGGGUUUGGUUCACUUUGAUGAAUAUGGAGAGAGGAACCUAGAUUAUUCAGUAUAUGACCUGCAACAAACAGAAACGUUAUUAAAAUUUGUCUCUGUUUUGGAUUUUGACAGCCAUACGAAAAUGAUCAAACCCACAUUAAGGUUUUCGAAUAUAGUUUGGCAAUACGGCAAACCCCCGACAGAUAAUCCAAGCUGUGGUUUUGAUAAUGAGCUCUGUGAAUGGUUAGACAAUGAGAUCUCUCUUCUGGUUCUGCUGGUGGCUUUGCCGCUGAUUGGAGUGGCAGCAGUGGCUUUGAUUACUUCGCUGACUCUACAGAAGCUGCGAUUACAAACCCGCCUGGAUGAAUCCAAUUGGUGGCUCAUCAGCUACAGUGAUAUAACAAUCCUCAGAGAGCCCAAAGGAACACAAACCCUGUCUGUAAACACAACACCAAGCAAAUGUGGCAGUGGUGGCUCUCAGUCCAUGCUCUCCUCCAACAGCUGUAACACUAAAGAAGCCAUCUACGCUACCGUCGGACUCUUUCAGGGAAACGAGGUGGGCAUAAAAUACUUGAAAAAUCAAAUCCUCACUGAUAUCAAGAAACCUUCGGUCAUCGCGGAGUUCAAUAUGCUGAAAGAAAUGAAGCAUGAGAACCUGGUACAAUUCUUCGGUGUAUGUAUUGAUCCACCGAAUAUCUGUAUCGUCAUGCAGUAUUGCAAGAAAGGGAGCUUGAAGGAUGUUCUUGGAAACAAUGAAAUUGAUCUGGAUUGGAUGUUCAAACUGUCCUUUGCGUAUGACAUUGUAAAUGGCAUGGAGUACAUCCAUAAGAGCAGUCUGAAGUCUCAUGGAAACCUGCGGCCCAGCACAUGUCUGGUGGAUAGCAGGCUGCAGAUCAAACUCUCCGGCUUUGGCCUGUGGGAGUUCAAAUGUGGCACCAAACACAGACUGAUCCCCCUGGAUAAUCCGAAAUAUGAAGAGAUGUACUGGACCGCUCCUGAGUUUUUGAGAGAGAUCUUCUACCCUUUCAAUGGCACCCAGAAGGGGGACGUCUAUAGCUUUGCCAUAAUCAUCCGAGAGCUCAUGUACAGUACAGAGGUGGGCCCAUAUCACGACGUUCAUCUGGAACCAAAAGAGAUCAUUAAGCAGUUAAGGACCCCUAUGAGUGAGGAGCCUCUUAGACCCACCCUGUCUGCUGACAUCUGUGAUGAACGUCUCAUCCCCUUAAUAAAAGCCUGCUGGAGUGAAAACCCAGACCACAGACCCCCAUUCGGCAGUAUCAGGAGACAACUGAGAGACGCUUGUCCCGAAAGCCAUGCUAACAUCCUGGACAACAUGGUGAACAAACUGGAGAAAUAUGCCAAUCAUCUGGAAGAAGUGGUGGAGGAGAGAACCAGUCAGCUGACCGUAGAGAAGAGCAGGGCUGAUAAGCUUCUCUCUAGCAUGCUGCCCAGGUAUAUUGCUGAUCAGCUUAUGGCUGGAAAGUCAGUGGAGCCCAGAAGUUAUGAAAUGGUGACUAUCUUCUUCUCUGACAUUGUGGGUUUCACCACUAUGUGCUCUGUUAGCUCUGCUCUGGAGGUGGUCACUCUUCUCAAUGACCUCUACAGCCUUUUUGAUGAUAUCAUCAAACUAUAUGAUGUCUACAAGGUGGAGACUAUUGGAGAUGCAUAUAUGGUGGCCAGUGGACUUCCUAUCAGUAAUGGUACUCUUCAUGCCGAGGAGAUCUCUACUAUGGCACUGCACUUCCUCUCUGCCAUCAAAAGGUUCAAAAUAAGGCACCUGCCCAAUGAGAGACUGGCCCUACGAAUUGGGAUCAAUUCUGGCCCAGUGGUUGCUGGAGUUGUGGGUAGUACAAUGCCUCGCUACUGUUUAUUUGGAGAUACAGUCAACACAGCUUCUAGGAUGGAGAGCAAUAGUCUUCCACUGAAAAUCCAUAUCUCUCAGAGCACUGCUGAUAUUCUCUUGAAGAUUGGCACAUUUGAACUGGAGGAAAGGGGCGAUAUUGAAAUUAAGGGAAAGGGAACACAGAAAACGUUCUGGUUGUUGAGCAAAUCUGGAUUCACGUUUCCACCCACUGGCCAGGACAGUAAUCCAAGUCCUAAAUCAGGAUCAGAUUCUUGUCACAUCAUGUCUAAACAGGAGAAAACCAGAGCAGCAAAUGAUGGAGAUUUUAAAGAGAGAAGAGCAAUCCAACGGACAUCGGCAAUGGCUAAAAUGACAGACAUGCACACACUUACUGUACCUGACGUCUAG